AUGUCGAAGAAAGGCGACGACAUAUGGAAGAAUGUCGACAAAAUAAAUUCCGAGCUCUUCACCUUGACGUACGGGUCCAUCGUGGCCCAGCUCUGUCGUGACUUCAACCACAACUACCACGAAGUCAACAACCAGUUGGACCAGAUGGGAUACAACAUUGGUAUCCGUUUGAUCGAGGAGUUUUUGUCCCGAACGGGUGCUCAAAGAUGUCAGUCAUUCAAGGAGACUGUGGAGGUGAUCACUAAGUUGGGAUUCAGGGUGUUCUUGAACAUCCAGCCAGCAGUCGAGAACUGGAGCAGCGAUGGACGCAGCUGUUCCAUUGUGUUGCCAGAGCCCAAUCCUUUGAACGAGUUUGUGGAGAUCCCACCCACCAAGGACUUGUGGUACUGCCAGAUCUUAUGUGGGAUCUUGAGGGGCGCAUUGCAGAUGAUCCAGUUGGACGUAGAUGUGAACUUCGUCAAGGACACAUUGAAAGGGGACGACAAGACGGAAAUACGGUUGAAGUUGAACAAGAUCUUGAAGGAUGAGGUUCCUGCGGGCGAAGACUAG